CCGCCUCUGGCAAGGGAUAUUCUGGUGGAUAUGCUGCGAUCGGACGUGUCACAGGGUGACUCAACAGAUGUUGACUCUGCUUUACAAUUCAGAAAAAAUAAAGAUGGAAAAGAGCAGAGUGAAGCUAUAUCACCAUUGGAGGAAGAAGAAACUUUCUCUUGGCCUGGUCCCAAAACUGUUGUGCUAAGGAGGACAUCUCAGGGUUUUGGCUUCACCUUAAGACACUUCAUAGUUUACCCUCCAGAAUCUGCAGUUCAGUUUUCUUUUAAAGAUGAAGAGAAUGGGAAUAGACAAGGAAAACAAAGAAAUAGACUGGAGCCAAUGGAUACGAUAUUCGUUAAACAAGUUAAAGAGGGUGGACCUGCUUUUGAAGCUGGACUAUGCACAGGUGACAGAAUUAUAAAAGUCAAUGGAGAAAGUGUUAUUGGGAAGACAUAUUCUCAAGUCAUUGCUUUAAUACAGAACAGUGACAGCAUAUUGGAGCUUAGUGUUAUGCCAAAAGAUGAGGACAUUCUUCAAUUGCUGCAGUUUACAAAGGAUGUCACAGCACUGGCAUAUUCCCAAGAUGCCUACCUGAAAGGCAACGAAGCCUACAGCGGUAAUGCCCACAACAUACCUGAACCACCCCCAAUAUGUUACCCACGCCUGACAUCCACAGCUUCUGUUAUGGCACAAGCUGGUGACAAGCUAUCAUCUGACUUUCCACUGGGGAAACAGCAAGUCAGUAGACCAGUACGGGCAUUGACACAGCCAGAGAGAGCCUACAGAAUGGAAAUACAAGUGCCUCCAUCACCAACAGACAUUGCAAAAUCAAAUACAGCUGUGUGUGUUUGCAAUGAAACUGUAAGGACUGUUAUUGUGCCUUCUGAGAAGGCUGUAGAUUUGCCAUCUUGUAGAAAUAAUCACGCUGGUCCAUCACACAGGACAGAGGAAGUAAGAUACAGCUUAAAAGAUCAAACCAGUCUAAAAGCACGGACCACGUCACCAUCUUCUUCAGUGUCCACUGCCAUUGUACUUCCCCAGACUCCAAUAACAAGGCCAGUUGAUCCAACUGGAACACUAAGUAAAGCUUCAAAUUACGUAGUAUGUCCAGAAGGAAUCCCAAGCACUAGACCUCCUGCUCAAGCCACGGACUCACCCUCAGUCUCUACUAAUCAUUACAGUUCUCCAACAUCCCACCAGCAUAUAGACUGGAAGACCUAUAAAACUUACAAAGAGUACAUCGAUAAUAGGCGCAUGCACAUGUAUGGCUCCCGAACAAUACAGGAAAGGUUAGAUAGUUUAAGAGCAGCUUCUCAGAAUACAACUGAUUAUAAUCAAGUGGUGCCAAAUCGCACUGCUUCACAGGUACGGCGCAGGAGCACCUCUCACGACAGGGUGCCGCAGUCUGUUCAGAUCCGGCAGAGAAGUGUAUCCCAGGAAAGGCUUGAAGAUCCCGUGUUGAUGAAAGAGUGGCCACGAAGUGCUUCUCAAGAUACUCUAACUUCCCCUUCAGUUAACGCCAGGAAUCACAGGGCUCGGUCAUGGGAUUAUCUCAGCAAACAGGGUGAAGUGCUAGAAAAUUUUCAUUCUGAGAAUCUGAUUACAGAUACUAAUGGAGAUAGGAGAAAGACUUACAAGUGGACAGGGUUUACUGAACAAGACGAUCGGCGAGGUAUUUAUGAGAGAUCUAGACAGCAUGCAUUUCAUAUGUCCCUUCGAAGUCAAAAUUUUUCUGUGGCUCCGAGUGCUUAUAUUUCAGACAGCAGGAGAACAGGCAGUAGAGCUUCUCUCCCUGGUUCUCAUUUUCAGAAAGUUCCACCAGAUAUAAAACUGUUGCAGCCUUCUCACGAUUUGCAAACUCCUGGGGGAGUUUCAAAACCUACAGCUGUUUCACAAGAGAGAUUGUCUCUCACACCAGCCAGAAGUUCUAAAAGUAGCUCUUUGAAGAACUCUGCUCCCUAUGCAGCAAAACCAUCGUUUCCCCUUAACCGGAGCCUGGAUGCUAUUGCCAGCAAAGACCAAAGAACAGUAAAUCACUUGCAUCAGAAUGGUCUGUUAAACCAACAGUCAAGGAUCCGAGCAGAAGGUGCUCCAGAUCACGAAACAGAAACUGGCAAAACCAUCCAACCCUCCUCUCUGUCUCCAGCUUCCACCAAACUUGUUCAGCCAACAAGUGAGAGUUCAACUACCUCUGACAACGUAGAUGGUUCCAUCAGACAAAAGGUUCAUGGUUUCGAAAGGGAAGACAUCCAUGAGCCUGAAAUUCUGCAAACGGAUGUUCAGGAAAAUGACAAAGACACAGUGGUCAUGCGGGACAAAUCACCUUCUGGCCACCAGACUCCACAGCCUUUGAGGCAUCAGUCCUACAUUCUUGCUGUAAAUGACCAAGAGCCAGCCUCAGACACUACCUGUUGGUUACCUAAUGAUGCUCGGAGAGAAGUCCACAUAAAAAGAAUAGAAGAAAGGAAAGCAUCCGGUUCCAGCCCACCUGGUGACUCCUUGGCUUCUAUUCCGUUUAUUGAUGAACCGACUAGUCCUAGUAUUGACCAUGAUAUUGCACACAUUCCUGCUUCUGCUGUUAUUUCUGCAUCUGCUUCUCAAGCACCUGCUAUAACAACUGUUCCUCCCAGUCCUACAUCUCCAAUCCCUUUAAUUCGGCGACAGCUUUCACAUGAUCAUGAAUCCAUCCGGCCUAGUGUCCUGGAUAGCCAGCCUGCCGCAAAAACUGAGAGAUCAAAGUCAUAUGAUGAAGGACUGGAUGACUACAGAGAAGAGGGAAAAUCAUCCAUUAAGCAUGUAUCUAGUUUAAAGGGGAUUAAGGUCCCAGACAGCCAGAAAUCUUCAGAAGACUCUGGUUCCCGAAAAGAUUCUUCUUCAGAGGUCUUUGGUGAUGCCUCCAAGGAAGGAUGGCUCCAUUUUCGUCAGCUUGUUACAGACAAGGGAAAGCGAGUUGGUGGGAGCAUUCGGCCAUGGAAGCAAUUGUAUGUUGUUCUUCGAGGUCAUUCACUUUAUUUAUACAAGGAUAAAAAGGAACUAGUGACCCCGUCUGAAGAAGAACAACCUAUAAGCAUCAAUGCUUGUUUGAUAGACAUCUCAUACUGUGAAACCAAGAGGAAAAAUGUAUUUAGACUCACCACAUCAGACUGCGAGUAUCUGUUUCAAGCUGAGGACAGAGAUAAUAUGUUAGCAUGGAUUAAAGCAAUACAAGACAACAGCAACUUAAAUGAUGAGGAUACUGGUGUCACUAGUAGAGAUCUAAUUAGUCGAAGGAUUAAAGAAUACAGUACAAUGAUGAGCAAAACAGAGCCAUCUCCCAAAACACCUCGCCAGAGUCUAAGUAUCAGACAGACUCUGCUUGGAACUAAAGCAGAACAAAGGACCCAGAGUCCACAUUCUCCUAAGGAUGAGUCUGAAAGAAAGCUUCUCACUAAAGAUGAGACAAGCCCACCAAAAGACAAGGGGACGUGGAGAAAAGGCAUUCCAAGCAUUAUGAGGAAGACAUUUGAAAAGAAGCCGUCUGCUGUAGGAACAUUUGGUGUUAGACUAGAUGACUGCCCCCCAGCUCAUACCAACAAAUAUAUUCCACUGAUUGUUGACAUAUGCUGCAAACUGGUUGAAGAAAGAGGUCUCGAGUACACAGGUAUUUACAGAGUUCCUGGAAAUAAUGCUGCCAUCUCAAGUAUGCAAGAAGAGCUCAACAAAGGAAUGACUGACAUUGAUGUCCAUGAUGAUAAAUGGCGAGACUUGAAUGUGAUAAGCAGUUUGUUGAAAUCCUUCUUCAGAAAGCUCCCAGAACCUCUUUUUACCAAUGACAAAUAUGCAGAUUUUAUAGAUGCCAAUAGAAAAGAAGAUCCUGUUGAACGUCUGAAAACACUGAAGAGACUGAUUCAUGAUUUACCUGAACAUCAUUAUGAGACUCUCAAGUUUCUUUCUGCACACCUGAAGACAGUAGCAGAGAACUCAGAAAAGAACAAGAUGGAACCAAGAAACCUGGCAAUAGUAUUUGGUCCAACGCUCGUGAGGACAUCUGAUGAUAACAUGACACACAUGGUUACGCACAUGCCAGACCAAUAUAAAAUUGUAGAAACACUCAUCCAAAAACAUGACUGGUUUUUCACAGAAGAUGAUGCUGACGAACCUCUUACAACAGUUCAGGAGGAAAACACUGUAGAAUCUCAGCCAGUGCCAAACAUAGAUCAUUUACUCACCAACAUUGGAAGAACGGGAGUAUCUCCUGGAGACGUAUCAGGUAACUCUUGCCCGGACAGC